AUGUCCGGGACAGAAAAACACGAUACCCCCGCUUCAAAUGGGGUUCCGGUCUUAGAUGGGUCAAAUUAUACUAACUGGCAUUCUAGAAUGUUUAUCUUUCUCCGCGGAAAGAAACUCUGGAAAUGUUGCACUGUACCCAUCGCCGAGGAUGCCACUGAAGAAGAAAGAACCGCUUAUGAAGAAGCGGGCGACAAAGCCAUCUCAAUCAUCACCUCCAGAAUAAAUCAUCGAUGCUAUAACAAGGUCGUCAACUCUCUCACUGAUUCCGAUCCGAUUGCUCUCUGGAAGAAAAUCGCAUCUCAAUACGCUUCGCACUCCGUGAUCAAUCGAGGACGCGUUGUAAGACUCAAAAGUGGUGAUGAAACCCUUUUGCUGAAUGGAGAAGGGGAUGAUGGAGUUGCAAGCUCUGCCCUUCUAUGCUAUCAGAACAACAAGACCACCAAGCUUAGCUUGGCAGUUAUAUUUAUCGUGAUAGAGGAUAGUUCAAGAUGA